GUAUCCAGCUUAACUAUUCGAUUUAACGUUAGAAUGGGUAAAAAGAGAGAUCUAAGGGACUUUGAGCGUGGUAUGAUCGUCGGUUCCAGGCGCGCAGGGUCCAGUAUAUCACAAACGGCCGCCCUCCUGGGCUUUUCACGCACUACAGUGUCUGUGGUUUACCGAGAAUGGCGCGACAAACAAAAAACAUCCAGUCAGCGACAGUCCAGUGGGCGUAAACAGCUCGUUGAUAAGAGGGGUCGAAGGAGAUUGGAAAGAAUCGUGCAAACUAACAGGCGGGCUACAAUUAGACAAAUAACGGCGCAGUACAACAGUGGUGUGCAAAACUGCAUCUCUGAAUGCACAACUCGUCGAUCCUUGUCACGGAUGGGCUAUUGCAGCAGACGGCGGGCACACGAGGAGUGGAAAAACACCGCCUGUGUAGAUAAGGUACGGGAACUUGUCCUGGACAACAGCCAAUCAAAUGAAGGGAAAAUCGAAGGCCUCACAGAAGAAUUCGUCAAUCUGGAAUUCCUCAGUUUGAUAAAUGUUGGCUUAUUCUCAGUUUCCAACCUUCCCCGACUUGGGAAACUCAAAAAGUUGGAACUCGUUGACAACAGAAUCUCUGGUGGCCUUGACAUGCUAGCAGAGAAACUCCCCAACCUCACACAUCUAAAUCUAAGUGGGAACAAACUGAAAGACAUCAGCACAUUGGAACCUUUGAAAAAGCUGGGCAGCCUGAAGUGUCUGGACUUGUUCAACUGUGAGGUGACCAACCUGAACGACUACAGGGAGAGUGUGUUCAAGCUGCUCCCUCAGCUUACCUACCUGGACGGGUACGACGCGGAGGACCGGGAGGCGACCGACUCGGACGGAGAGGUGGACGAUGACGACGAUGAGGGAGAGGAUGAGGACGUAGAGGAGGAAGACUUUGACGAGGAGGAUGAUGACUAUGAAGAGGAGGGAGUAGUAGUAGGAGAGGAUGAUGAGAUCAGCGGAGUUAAGGAGGAGGAAGAUCUCGGCAUUGAUGGUGAAGUUGACGAAGAUGAGAUCAAGGCUGUCAAAGGAGAGAAGAGAAUGCAAGAGCCUGACAACGAUGAUUAUGAGGAAAAACCGACAGCCUAUCAAGUUACCAACCCCUUCCCUCUCCACCCUGACACCCACCCUGCCUACGCGACGUCUCUCUCCCAGCUUUGAGCCCGUCUAGGGCAAGACUGUACCAGAUGGUUGGUUCGAGUGGAGCUGCCUGUGCCCCAUGGAAUCGAGAGACAUUCCCAAGGUUCUCAAGCAGCGCACUACUUCGCAUUCCACAAUUUCACUGUCAACUCCCCUUUAUGUAUACCUGUGUGAGGACUUCAGGAUUGGUAUUUCAUUUUGGGUCUGCGCUUUUAAUAUUUUUGUUGGAUGAAUUAUGAAUACAUUGUUAGGUUUAUUUCUUACCCCUUUGUCUGCUUUAUCUUUAUUUUUUCCCCCCCAAUAAAAUUGCUAUAGCAACUGUGCGACAAGCGAGCUGUGAUUUUGUGUGGCCGCCUGUUGCACAAAUCAAGGUUAUAGCUACAUUUUUUUUAAACUUUCUGUAUGACCAAGCUUUGUAAAUAAAAUGUUUACGUUUUGCGCUAGUGA